AUGCAGUCUUGCGCCAAAGGAAAAUAUAAGUGGAUAAUAGUGUACCAAGAUCAUCUAACAAAGUAUUGCAUAUUGUGUCCCUUAACCUCAAAGAGAGCAGCUGAGAUUGCAUUCCAGCUAAUGGACAUAUUUCUAAUGUUCGGAGCCCCUCAAAUUCUGCAAAGUGAUAAUGGUGGUGAAUUUACAGCAUUGGUUAUCUUGGAACUCAAACUUCUUUGGCCAGACCUGUUGAUCGUUCUUGGUAAACCAAAGCAUCCACAGAGCCAGGGAUCAGUUGAACGCCUUAACUCUGAUGUAAAAGACAUGCUUAUUUCAUGGUUAGGGGAUAAUGAUACAAGUGACUGGCCCAUGGGACUCGGGUUUGUGCAGUUCCAAAAGAACACCAGUUACCAUUCUGGAAUCAAACAAUCCCCAUACAAAGCACUCUUUGGUUUUGAGGCCAGAGUAGGUCUACACUCAACCGCACUUCCAGAAGUUUUGAAGACAAUGAUCACUGAAGAGGAUUUACCUGGAACUUACAGUUUCCCCUCUGACUCUACUCGUCCAGACGAAUCACCCGAGUGCACGAACCCUCCAGACGAAUCACCAGAGUGCACGAACCCUCCAGACAAUUCACCUCAGAGCACGAAACCUCCAGACAAUUCACCUGACUGCACGAACCCUCCAGACGAUCCACCUUAG